AUGGACCAAAAAGGGUUUGUGUCCGACAACCUGACCCGCCUAACGGGCGCGUCAGACUCAACCCUCAUCGACUUCGUACUCGCAACAGCAAGCUCGGCGAAAUCGACCUCCUCCCUGACCGAAAAACUCACCUCCUUCCUCGAUGCACCCAAUCCAGCCGAAGUCGGCUCCUUCGCCCGCGAGCUCUACACCCGCAUGGGCAAGGGCGCGCAGCCCAGCGCAUCAGCCCCCAAGCCCGCAGCAAGCGACUCGAAAAAGAAAUACCGCCUGGUAGAAAUGGGAGAAGACCAACCCGACCCCACAUCACUAGGUCCCGCCAAUGUCGAAGCAGAGCGGGAGCGCGAGAGGAGACGCGCGAGAGACAGCACGAAGGACCGAAGGAGCAAGCGAGACGAGCCCCGCCGAGAACGCGACUACGACGAUAGCCGGAAACGCGACCGCAGCCGUGAGGCAGAGAGCCGCGAUCGACCUCGCACAAAGAAGCUCCGGAAGAAGGACGAGGACUUCGAAGACCGCUGGGGUGACGAGGAAUACCCAGAAGAGGAAUUCGAGGAGGCAGAGGAAUUUGAAGAAUCGCCCUCGAAGCGAACGCGGCUUGAUGAUGGCUCUGCCUCGCCUCGUCCGGAAAAUAUUGAUCCCAAGACGCAGGAGGAGAUUGAUCGGCAGAAGGAUUUGCGCGAGCGAGACGAAUUCGCGAAACGAUUGGCGAAUAAGGAUGAUAGCAAGUCGAAGAAGAUUGUUGAGGAUCGGACGCGUGAUGGUGAGGCUGCUCGGCGACGUGCGCUGGCUGAUGAUGCCAAGGCGCGUGCGGAGAUGAUGCCGGAUUUGCGUGAGAGGUCGCGACAGGAAUAUUUGAAGAAGCGUGAGACGGAGCGUCUGGCUUUGCUGCGACGGCAGGUCAUUGAGGAGGCUGCUGAGUUGCGCGAGAAUCCUAAUCUGUCUCGCAAGGAGAAGGAGGAGUUCGCGCGGAACAGGGAGGUUCUUCGUAUUGCGGAGGAGAGACUUCGGAUCGAUGAUCACCGUGAUGGAUAUAUGAUGCCGGAUGACUAUAUUACGGAGAAGGGAAAGAUCGACCGCAAGAAGAAGGAGGAUGCAUUGUACAAGCGUUACGUCGAUCGUGAUGAGAUGGGCCAGGAACGGUUCGUCACGGAGCAUGAGGAAUGGGAGCUUGAACAGGCAGCCAAAGCCAAGGCGCAGAUCAAGAAGGCCGAGUUCGUUGAUGAGGGCGAUUACGAGUACGUCUUUGACGAUUCACAGCAGAUCAACUUUAUCAUGGACUCCAAGCUUGAUGGCACGCAAAAGCCGAUGACACAGGAGCAAUUGCGGUUCAAGGAGCAGGUUGAUGCAGCCGAGAAGAAGGCUCUCAGCAUGGAGGAGACCCGAAAGAGUCUGCCUAUCUACCAAUUCCGCGAUCAGAUCAUUCAAGCCGUGGCAGAUCACCAGGUCCUGAUCAUUGUCGGUGAAACUGGUUCUGGAAAGACUACUCAAAUCCCACAAUACCUCCACGAGGCCGGAUACACCAAAGACGGUCUCAAGGUUGGCUGCACACAGCCACGACGAGUGGCUGCCAUGAGUGUCGCUGCGCGUGUGGCCGAGGAAAUGGGUACGAAGAUUGGAAAUGAAGUCGGUUAUGCCAUUCGAUUCGAGGACAACACGAGCGACAAGACCAUUCUCAAGUACAUGACCGAUGGAAUGUUGCUGCGAGAACUCCUGACCGAGCCCGAUUUGAGCCAGUACUCGGCAUUGAUGAUUGACGAGGCUCACGAGCGAACGGUGCCCACUGAUAUUGCCUGUGGUCUUCUCAAGGAUAUCGCAAAGGCUCGACCCGAUCUGAAGCUGCUUAUUUCCUCGGCGACUAUGGACGCACAGAAGUUCCAAAAGUAUUUCGACGAUGCACCCAUCUUCAAUAUCCCCGGUCGUCGAUACCCAGUCGAUGUGCACUACACUUCACAGCCCGAAGCCAAUUACCUUGCUGCGGCUAUUACUACGUGCUUCCAGAUUCACGUCACCCAAGGUCCCGGAGAUAUCUUGGUGUUCUUGACAGGUCAAGAGGAGAUUGAAGCCGCGGAGCAAAGUUUAGCAGAAACAGCUCGAAAGCUUGGGAGCAAAAUACCGGAGAUGAUCAUCGCACCCAUCUACGCCAAUCUACCGUCCGAACUGCAGACAAAGAUUUUCGAGCCCACGCCGCCCAAGGCGCGAAAAGUGGUGCUUGCCACCAACAUUGCCGAGACCAGUUUGACCAUCGAUGGUAUUGUCUACGUGAUCGAUCCCGGUUUUGUCAAGGAGAAUGUGUUCAACCCCCGCACCGGCAUGGAGAGCUUGGUCGUGACCCCAUGCUCCCGAGCCUCUGCCAACCAGCGAGCAGGUCGUGCCGGACGUGUCGGCCCCGGAAAAUGCUUCCGCUUGUACACGAAGUGGGCGUACUACAACGAACUGGAGGAGAACACCACUCCCGAGAUCCAAAGAACCAACCUGAACAGCGUCAUCCUCAUGUUGAAAUCACUUGGCAUCGACCAGCUCCUGGACUUCGAUUUCAUGGACCCCCCACCCGCGGAAACGAUCAUCCGCGCGCUCGAACAACUAUACGCGCUCGGUGCGCUCAACGACCGCGGCGAGCUCACCAAAGUCGGUCGUCAAAUGGCCGAGUUCCCCACCGACCCGAUGCUCGCCAAAGCCAUCCUGGCUUCUGACAAAUACGGCUGCGUCGAAGAGGUGCUCUCGAUCGUCUCGAUGCUCGGCGAAGGCAGCGCCCUCUUCUUCCGACCGAAAGAUAAGAAAAUCCACGCCGACAGCGCCCGCAACCGCUUCACCAUCAAAGAAGGCGGCGACCACCUCACCCUCCUCAACGUCUGGAACCAAUGGGUCGACUCCGACUUCAGCACCAUCUGGGCCAAGGAGAAUUUCCUACAGCAGCGCAGUCUUACGCGGGCGCGCGAUGUCCGCGACCAGCUUGCCAAAUUGUGCGAUCGGGUCGAGGUCACCGUUAGCACGUGCGGCGCCUCCAAUAUCCAGCCCAUUCAGAAGGCUAUUACGGCUGGCUUCUUCCCCAAUGCUGCCCGGCUGCAGCGUGGUGGUGACAGCUACCGGACUAUCAAGAAUGGGCAGUCUGUUUACUUGCAUCCUUCCAGUACACUGAUGGAGGUGAACCCGCGCUGGGUAAUCUACUUCGAGUUGGUGCUAACUAGUAAGGAGUAUAUGCGGAGUAAUAUGCCGCUGCAGGCGGAGUGGUUGGUUGAGGUUGCGCCGCAUUAUUAUAAGAAGAAGGAUCUGGAGAGUCUGGGGUUGGAUCGUAAGGUGUCGAAGGGACAGGGGUUGGCUGGGGAGAAGAAGGGUUAA